UUCGCUUUGUACAAACGCGCAACGGCCACAGUUGGAUGGUAAGUGGUAACCGGUUUUAUAAAGCCCCAUCUGUGGUUUUCUGUUACCCCUUCGUCGUCGAGGAGCCGGUGCUUCGAUCCUUUUGCACCGGUCGCUCCUUCUCUUCGGAACAGGUCUCUUUUAAUCGACCGAGCCCCUGUAACCUACCUUUUUUGAUUGAAGAAUUCCAAAAAUCCUUCCCUAGGAAUCUGGCAAGACCUAUGGCAAAUGGCCUCUGAAUCGAAUCCGAGUCAGACACCAACUCCUAAAGCCGAUCCGUGCAAAACCCUAGGCCGUAAGCUCCUCAUCAACCAUUCCGAGUUCGUGAGACUUAUCAUAUCAUCUCUCUAUUCCCUUGGCUACCACAGGGCCGCCUCCUCGCUCGAGCUCGAGUCUGGGAUUCCUCUUGACUUUCCGGAGUACAACUCUCUCCUUUUUCACGUCCUUUCUGGUCGAUGGAACGACUGCAUUCUUACCAUCGACUCAAUCAGCAACCUUGAUGACAGGAUCCGGUCAGCCGCUGCUUUCCUCAUUUGGCGCGAGCAUUUCCUGGAGCUCCUCGGCUCCGGCAACGGUUUGUUGUCGGCUAUUGAUGUUCUCCGAAAGCGCAUCUCUCCGCUGGAGUUGGACGGAAGGAGGUUGCAUGGGCUGGCGCGUGCAAUGGUUUCGCUGGAAGGCGUGGUGACUAUGGAGAACAAAAUUCGGAGGAGGAUUGGGUUGCUGCUGGAUCUGGUGGAAGUGUUGCCUCCUUGGUUUAGGAUUCCUUGUGGGAGGCUAGAACAAUUGGUGGAGGCGGCAGUGACAAAGCAGAUGGAGUCUUGUAUGUAUCAUAAUACACCAGAGGAGGCCUCCUUGUACGAGGAUCAUGAGUGCAGUCUGGAGCAUAUUCCUUGUAAGUGCAGCCAGACAUUAUAUGACCAUAGAAAUGAAGUUUGGUUCGUGCAAUUCUCAAAUAGUGGGGAGUACCUAGCAUCAUCGUCGAGUGAUUGCACAGCCAUCAUUUGGAAG